GACACUCCGUGGAUGCCCACCAAUACUAGCAGCGCAUAAACUGAUAAACCCUAAUAACAAACUUUAGUGUUUUCAAAACCCUAAGCGUUUUUCUGUUCUCUUUUCAUCUUCGAUCAGACCAGCUGAAGUCUAAUUAGAGAUAAAUUAAGGAAAGACGAAGAAGAGAAAUAAACAGCAAUGCAGCACGACGAGGUCAUAUGGCAAGUUAUCAGACACAAUCACUGCAGUUUUAUGGCUAAAAUAACGACGGGGAUUUUCUGUCGGAACCCAUAUAACGUGACUGGGAUUUGUAAUCGGAGCUCUUGCCCUCUCGCCAAUAGUCGGUACGCCACCAUCCGCGACCACGAGGGAAUCUUCUAUUUGUACAUGAAAACAAUAGAAAGGUCUCACAUGCCAAACAAAUUGUGGGAAAGGGUUAAAUUGCCUAGAAAUUAUGAAAAAGCCCUUGAAAUUAUUGACAAGCAUAUGAUGUAUUGGCCCAAGUUUCUUGUACAUAAAACAAAGCAACGGUUGACCAAAAUGACUCAGAUACGAAUACGCAUGAGGAAGCUGGCUUUAAAAACAAGGGAAAAGAUAAUGACAACUCCUAGGAAAGAGAAAAAGAGAGAAGCUAGGAGAGAGGAAAAGGCUGAAAAGGCAGCAGUUUUGGAUAAAAGUAUUGAAAAGGAAUUGCUUGAACGCCUUAAGAGAGGAGUUUAUGGUGACAUAUACAAUUUCCCUGUUAAAGAAUACAAUAAAGUUCUUGACAUGGAUGGACUGCAGGCUGCUAGUGAAGAUGAAGAGGAACCUGAGAUAGAAUAUGUUGAAGGUUAUGAAGAACUUGAAGAAGAGGAUGAUAUGGAAGAUUUUGGUGGUCUUGCUAUUGAAGAAGCUGGUGAAGAUGAUGAUAAUGUUGGUAUGGAAGAAGAAGAGGAAGAAACAGUAGGAAUUGCUCGGAAAAGAGAGAGAAAAGAUUCUGCUUUAGCUCUGAGAAAGCUUGAGAAAGAUGAACCUGAGGCCAAGUCAAAGAAGAAAGCAAGGGUACUUGUUGAGGUUGAGCAUGAAGAUAUGGAUGAAAGACAAACAGCAGUCCAAUGA